CAGACUCCCGCCUAGCAAAGCCAUCUUAUCAGCUUAUCUAUUAGAGUAUGUUUCAUCCCCGGGCCAUACAAAACAAAGAAACGCCUUUCCUUGUUCUCUAGCCAUAAAACGUUAAUGGCGUCCCUUUACUUUCCGAUCGUCGGGGCGUGCAUGAGUCAGAGUUAUCCGAAACGGACGUUAAUCAAAGCUGCUGCUGCUUCUUCUUCAGCUCCUCCCAACGUCGAUCUUACACCUCUGGAUUCCGCCAUUGCCCAGAAAGAUAGUGAUGCAGUGAAAGAAGCAUUAGAUCAGCUGAGGGAAGCAGGUUGGGCAAAGCAGUGGGCCUCUCAACCAAACAUCUCCCGUCGUACGACUUUUCUACGUGAGCUGACAACUCUUGGAAUCAAGAAUGCGGAGAACCUUGCAAUCCCAAGUGUUAGAAAUGAUGCUGCUUUUCUUACCACAGUAGUGGGAACAACAGGGGCUUUAGGUACUCUUGCUGGCCAACUUCCAGGGGAUUGGGGAUUCUUUGUGCCUUAUUUGAUUGGGAGUAUAUCGUUAGUAGUUUUGGCUGUUGGAAGCACCAACCCUGGGCUUCUUCAGGCUGCCAUUGGGGGAUUUUCAACAUUUUUUCCUGAUUAUCAGGACAGAAUAGCUAGACAUGAAGCUGCUCACUUUUUAGUUGCCUAUUUGCUUGGCCUUCCGAUACUUGGAUAUUCAUUGGAUAUUGGGAAAGAGAACGUCAAUCUGACUGACAAACGACUGGAGAAAGUGAUAUAUAGCGGGCAGCUUGAUGCAAAGGAGCUGGACAGAUUGGCAGUUGUAGCCAUGGCUGGAUUAGCAGCAGAAGGUCUCAAAUAUGAUAAAGUGGUUGGCCAAUCUGUUGAUCUUUUUACUCUUCAGAGAUUUAUUAACAGGAGCAAGCCAACAAUUACCAAAGAUCAACAACAAAAUCUAACAAGAUGGGCAGUUCUCCUUGCUGCAUCUCUCUUAAAGACCAACACGACACGACAUGAAGCCCUAAUGGCAGCAAUGUCAAAUAAAGCAACCGUUUUGGAGUGCAUUGAAGCAAUUGAGAAAGCUGCAUAAACUUACAGUUUCGUGGAGCACAUUUUACAAAUGAUAUAGAUUACACCAGAAUUUACAGGAAAAUGAUCAACUUGUACAGCUUUUUUUUUUUCCCCAGUCAUAAAAAAACGACCUGCGAACUACUUAAUACUUAAUAUCUUGUGCAAAGACUUCUUAAAAUGCAUGAGAAUGAUUGUUUUUUGUGC